CCCGGGGCAGGUGGGAGGCUGAAUCACAACUCCACUGGAGACGUCCGAGGCGGUGAGAACCUGUGAGAGGAACUGUGAGCGCCGUCGUGAGAGGACAGGUAGCCCCGAGAACAGAUCUCACCAGGGAACCACACACAGGUCACCAUGCCGGUCUCCAUGCAGCAGUUUGAGAAGGAGGUCACUCUCCUGAAGGAGGUGGCCAAGAAGAACCCGGUGGACGUGCAGCCCCUGCCGCCCGUCGUCCACAACGAAAAGAAGGGUCUGUUUGGUGUGAAGAACGCGCACGCCGAGCUGAUCGAGCUCAUCAAUAUGAUCUACGAGGAGGGUUUCAAGUACGACGACGGCACCGUGGCCAUUCCGUUCGGCAUCCUCUUCCAGUGUUAUUCGGUUAUCAACAAUCGGGUGGUCGGCCUCCUCGGCAAGGCCAGGAAAUAUGGCUUCGUCUACUUCGAAGGAGAAAUGCUGUAUCAGGUCAAGGACGACCACAAGCCCAUCAUGCUGAUGAAGCCAAUAGAGGUCAUCCGGAAAGAGCUCUCCGGCAUCAACUGAACGCCUUCGCUCAGCGCGCGCGCCACACUGAUGCACUUGCUUGACUUUGCUCUCGAAAAUGAGUGCAUUUCUGUCCAGGUUAUACCGCUGAGACGUGAUAGAGCGUGACUUUGCAGGUGCCAUUGCUAUCCUGUCACUACAGGUAUGAGCUCCAAUUCUACGCUGCAUAUACAACAGUGUGGUGUAUUGAGUCACUGGUAUAACCAUCUUAGCAACAAAAUCAAGAUAUUGCUAAGUAUAUUAGGUACAGGAUAUCCCUUUAUGGCAGUUGAGGAAAGCCUAAAAUUUCGGACUUUGCUAAUUUAUUUACGUAAGCUCAAAUUGUAGAUUCUGAUAGCCAGUCUUCACGAUUCAUAUGCUGAGUUUGCUUCGUGCUAUGCACACACGAUGUCUUGAGCUUACAGGCGAAAUCUGGCCAGCUGUUGGAACCGUUUAUGUUGCUCUAUUUCAAGGUAGAUGCAUCGACGUUAUUUAUGUCGCAGAUGUGAUACGACUGAGUAUCGUAUUUCACAUUUUUAGUCGGCCGUCUUGUGCACGUCUAUACAGUUUCAUUCGCGUUAUUCGCUUCAUUCUCCCGCAUUACAAGGCAUAAAUACAUAUUCAACAAGU